GGGGUCGCGAGGUGAAAGGAGAACAUUUCAGGGACUUUAACGUAAAUAUAUUAUUGGCAAAAUAAAGGAACCAUAAUGCAAAUAAACAAACUUUGCCACUUCCCGCCGGCACUUGCCCGAUCACCCGGAAAACAGAACAAUUCCCCAAUUCUGAAGAAGAUGGAAGAGAAUCAGUUGAUGAAAUCAGGUAUUUCUCAGCUAAACUCAAACGCCUUCUUCAUCGAUCCGGUUCGAAUCCUCAACCGUUCUUACACCCGGUUUAGGGUUUCGCCUUCUACGUAUUACUCUCGCUUCUUCGAUUCCUCCAACUUAACACAAUCUCCAAAAGCUUCCGAACAUUCUAGAAAUGGAAAACGUAAACGUAUACAGAAGAAGAAGAAGCUUCAAUCUCUCAACGAGCGCGAACAAAUCGCCGAUCGUCGUCACCAGGAGGUGAAGCCAUUCUUGUUGAAAGCGCAUGAAUCGCUGCUUGAAGCUACUGAUAUUUUGAAAGUUCUGAGAAAUUUGAGGAAUGAUGGAUGUGCUGUGGGGGAAUGUAAGGAGUUGUCGCAAGAGAGUAGCGAGCUUUCCUUUAUGGAGCUCGGAGGUGUUUGGCAAGCUCCGUUGUAUGAGAUUAUUCUCAAUUAUCAGCAAGAUGAUAAAACUUUGCAAAAUGGAGGUUCUCCGCUUGCUCAGAGUAUUGAACAAAGAGUGACCCCUGUAUUUAAUAAUCUCGUUGCCAAUGACGGAAGCUAUGAUAUAGAGGCUGAGCUUUUUAAUCACAAGUAUAUAAUUCCCAAAAGGAGUUGUUUUUAUAUGUCUGAUAUGCAGCAGAUUGACAACUUAAUCUCAGCUGGUUCUGAUUGUGGCUUCAAUCUUAUAGUUAUAGACCCCCCUUGGGAAAAUGGCAGCGCUCGUCAGAAAGUGAGGUACCCAACUUUGCCUAACCGAUACUUCUUAUCUCUCCCCGUCAAGCAACUUUGUCACACCUCUGGAGCCCUUGUUGCAUUGUGGGUUACAAACAGGGAGAAGUUGCGAGAUUUUGUGGAAAAUGAUUUAUUUCCCAAAUGGGGAGUAACAUAUGCUGCUAGCUUUUACUGGUUGAAGGUCAAGGCCAAUGGAAUGUUGACUGGUGAAUUGGAUCUCUUUCAUCACCGACCAUAUGAAUGUCUUCUCCUAGGUUACUGUGACGGAAAGGAUACACAUUCUGGGAAUUUAACAAGAUUGAAUUCUAUACCAGAUAAUCGAGUGUUCAUUAGUGUUCCUGGUGAUUUUUCAAGGAAACCCCCCAUUGGAGAGCUGCUGCUAGAUUAUGUGCCAGGGUCUAUGCCUGCUCGUUGCGUUGAACUAUUCGCUAGAGAAAUGAUAGCUGGCUGGACUUCUUGGGGGAAUGAACCUCUUCAUUUUCAGGAUUCAAGAUAUUUUGUUAGUAAGACUACAGAAAAUUGAUGUAUUCUGAUAGAAAGCCUGUCCAAAUGAAAUGCCCCCCUGACGAUUUCCCUUUGGUUCAUAAGCUAUGCAAUGGACCAGCGCAUUCAGUGGGUUUUGCCAUUGUGAUUGCUUGCAGGCAGAGCGUAUAGACUUCAAGGAAGUCCCUGGUGGCUUGCAAUAUCAGCUGACAUUUUGGAGGGACUUAGGACAGUCUAAAUAUCAUUGUUGAUGUGAUUGUUAAUGACUUUGAACCAGCUGCUGCGUAGGUCAGGACUCUGGUGUCACUUGCUGCGAUGUCGAAUCAUUUAUGCUUUAUCUCAAUAUUUCUUAGGCAGCCAACAACAUUCACCACAGUAUUUUGCUCAAGCAACUCAAAUUCUCUUAAAGUAGUAUUUUGAAGCUUUGCAUGUUACAUUAGUGUAUAAAAAUAUAUCUUCCAUAGUUAGAUUUGAAAAAAAUUGCUUACACUGGCACAAUCAAUAAUUAUAAGAAUGAAGAUUUCUGAGGUGUUUACACACGCAAGUUUUAA